AUGAAAUUCCGCGUAAAGUUGUUAAUAUUAACAACGUGCGCGGUUUUUACAACUGCACAACGAUAUAAUCACCAACGGCGGCAGAUCCUGCCUGUAGCGCCGCAAUUCCCAACCGGAAAUAUAAACGCGGGUGUUUCCGGCACGGGACAAGCAAAUUUUGAUGUUAAUAUCAUCGGUCCACGGCAAAGAAAUGAACAGACAAUUGAAGAAGCAUGGAAUAACUUCAAGAUAACCUUCAAUAAAAUAUACAGUUCCCAAAUGGAAGAAAAUUACCACCGUGAAGUUUUCAUCGAAAACACCGCGAAAAUCUUCCGCCUGAACGACGAUUACGCAAAGGGUUACAUAAGUCACGCGCAAAAAAUCAACGGAUACGCUGAUAUGCUCCACCAUGAAUUUGACAACGCUCUGAACGGAUUUAACAGAUCACGGAUAGGUUUGCCGCAAAGAUCCAGCGCGUUUAUCGCGAGCGCAAACGUCCCGAUUCCGGAUUCCAUCGAUUGGCGUAAACUGGGCGCUGUUACGCCUGUGAGGAGUCAAGGAUUAUGCGGGUGUUAUGCAUUCAGUGCAGCUGGAGCACUCGAAGGACAAUAUUACCGUAAAACUGGCGUCCUCACCGACUUAAGCCCACAGAAUUUAAUCGACUGUACAAAGGAUUAUGGUAAUAAUGGCUGUAAUGGAGGAUUAAUGAAUCCAGCCUUUCAAUAUGUCAAGGAUAACAUAGGAAUUGACACAGAGAAUUAUUACCCGUACGAAGCAGCCGAUAAUCAAUGUAGAUACAAACCGGAAGGUUUUGGCACGGAUAGUACAGGUUAUGUCACCAUACCGGAAGGUGAUGAAGAAGCUUUGCGGGUUGCCGUUAGUACGAUAGGUCCGAUUUCCGCCGCCAUUGAUGCGAGUCGUGAUUCAUUGCAGUUUUAUUCCGAUGGGGUUUAUUUUGAUGCGGCGUGUAAGAAUGCGACGAAUGAUAUGAACCAUGCGAUUUUAGUAGUUGGAUAUGAUACGGAUCCGGAUGGGAAACAGUUUUGGUGGGUGAAGAACUCAUAUGGGCAACAGUGGGGAAUUGGAGGUUAUGUCAAGAUGGCAAGGAAUGGGAAUCACUGUGGGAUUGCUUCACUUGCGAGUUAUCCUUUGGUUUGAUAUCUUUUGAGGAUGUAAUAUGAUAAAUGUUGAUACAUAAAGCGAGAAUGUGUUGUUUUGUGUUGUGUUAUGUCAUCAAUUAGGAGGUUAAAUGAUAUUUAGAUGUAGAAGUACUCACGACAUGUCCGCCUUCGCCAGAUGCAUGUCGAAAUGGGUCGGAUUGUUGUUUGAGGAAUUCAUUGCGUAGUUCCAGGCGUCUUUUGGCGUUGGCUUUUAGUCUUUCGAUGUCUUUCGCGGCCAAAUCGUAUUGUUCAGCCAUUUUUUACUCACUAUAGGUAGAUACAAA